CAUCAGUUCAUACACACAAAGAAUACCUAUACAAAUCAGAUAAUAUUUUGAUAUUUUCGUAUUUUGGAACCACUUCAAGGAACAAAUUGAUUUAGUUAAAAUUUAUUCCCAUUACUGACAUUUUAGGCUUCCACAAAAUAUGCUUAUGUCACGGAUAGUAUGGGUCAGUGUACUUCCCCGGAAUAUGCCAACGUGGAAUCUCCCCUAAGAAACGUAAAACUUUUAAAAUUCAAUCAUACUGCAAAAUCUAUAAGUUUUGAUUUUACUUUGCAUAAACCACUGGAUGAUAAUAUAUGUGUUAGUUUAAAAAUUCAAAGAAUGUCCAAUGGCGUUUCAAGAGAAAUACCAUUUGUCCCUCGAAUUCCAGAUCCUUGCAACGUACUUUUGAAACAUUAUAGAAGCGUAUGGGUACAACUGAUGUCUAAUAUUGGGGUUAAACGUCCAGAUAAAUGUCCUAUACCGGCGGGCAAUUACAGUGUAAAGAACUUUGUAUUUAAUUCUGUAGAGGAUGGAGCAUUUUCUAUUCCAAUGACAGGAAAAAUCAUAAUUCGAACAUUACUUAGUGAAAUUUCUACAAAGAAGAACAUUAUUUGUGUAGAAUCUGUCACUACUCAUUCUAUUAAAUAGAAGCUUGGUCAUCUGCAACUUUUAUCAAUUUAUUUA